AUGGUAAAAAAAAAAUUCUUAUAUCUUCAAAUAUUAAUAAAUAAAAAUACACAGCAAAACGUUUAACAUUCUAAUCAAAACUAGCAAUAUGUAGCUGAAUUCAAAAUAGUUCUUGUAGGAGAUGGUGGAGUUGGAAAAACGACAUUUGUAAAAAGACAUUAAACAGGAGAAUUUGAAAAAAAGUAUAUAGCCACGUAAGGGGUGAACAUAUCAUCUUUAAUACUAAGUACAAAUCAUGGUCCUAUAAAAUUAAACUUAUGGGACACAGCCGGAUAAGAGAAAUUAGGAGGAUUAAGAGAAGGAUAUUAUAUUGGAGCACACGCAGCUAUUAUGAUGUUUGAUGUAACUUCAAGAAUUACUUAUAAAAAUAUACCUAAAUGGCAUAAAGAUUUGACUAGAAUUUGCGAUAACAUCCCUAUAGUCAUAAUCGGAAACAAAGUUGAUUCUAAAGAUAGAAAAGUUAAAGCUAGAUAGAUAACAUUUCAUAGAAGAAGAUCGCUUUAAUAUUAUGAUGUUUCAGCUAAAUCUAAUUAUUAAUAUGAAAAACCUUUCUUAUGGAUUAUCAAAAAACUCAUAGGAGAUUUGAAUUUAGUUCUUGUGGAAAGUAUAGCUCUUCCUCCUCCUGAAAUCGUGAUGGAUUAAGCUCACAUUGAUUAGAUGUAGAAAGAAUUAUAAGAAGUAGAAAAUGCUCAACUUCCAGACGAAGACGAUGACGAUUUUAAAUGA